GGAAUAUAUAUACAUAUGGUGAAAAAAUCAUGAUUUUCUAAGCUUUCACUCGUGUGUAGUGGGUUAGCCAGGGAGAUGCAGCAUGGUGAGAGCGUGGAUAAUGUUUUACGACUACCUAGCUGGGAUAUUCACGAGAGGCACGAUGAUGCUGAUGUCAGAAGAAGCGAGGAUGCAAUGGAUGAUGAUGAUGACGAUCAUUUUUGGAUUUAUAGGAAGCAGAACCAUCACAUCCGUGAUGAAGAUGGUGAAGUACAAGUGCAGAAAGAUGUGGGGGGAGAUGAUCACCUAUGGAUUUACAGAAAGCAAAAUGAAGAUCAUGAGCACAAAAUGCAUGACGAUGCUGAUGCAGCAUCCCACAUGACGAAGCGAUUAGGAGAGAUGGUGUUCUUCCACAAAAACGAUGUAAAAGUAGGGGAAAUGAUCCCCAUCUACUUCCCUGACCCAAUAUCAUCUCAUCAUCAUCAUCAUCAUCAUCACUUCCUGUCCAAACAGCAAGCAGAUUCAAUUCCUUUCUCUUCAGAUAAACUCCCAUACGUUCUCCAAAUGUUGUCAAUCAGUCCAGGUUCUCCCCAAGCCCGAGCCAUGAAAAACACACUAGCUCACUGUGAGUGUGAACCCAUCCAAGGAGAGACCAAGACAUGCGCCACCUCUUUAGAAUCCCUGCUUGACUUCAUACAUGCCCUGUUCCGCCCGCAAUCAGAUUUCCACAUUUUAACCACGAGGUACCUGAAAAGGUCACCAAGUAGCAAUCUAAUUGUACAAAACUACACAGUGAUGGGGAUUAAAGAAGAGAUGUGGCCCAGGAAAAUGAUUGCUUGUCACCAGAUGCCAUACGCUUAUCCAGUGUUGUAUUGCCAUGGUUUGGAGGGAGGAAGUAAGGUUUUGAAGGUGUGGUUGGGUGGUGAGAAUGGAGAUUCGGUGGAUGCUGUAGGAGUUUGCCAUAUGGACACGUCUCAUUGGAGUCCUACACAUGCUUCAUUUCGUUUGCUGGGCGUGGAACCAGGCAAAUCCCCCGUCUGCCAUUUCUUCCCAUCGAACAAUCUAGUCAUCCUUCCAGCCUAG